UAAAAGACAGCAUUCACUAAAACUAAACAAAAAUUAAUGAAUUAAUAAUUAAUAAUUAAUAAUUAUUAUAAUUAUUUAUUAGAUACUAUUUAGAACUAUUAAAAAGAAGAAAGAUAGCAAGCAGUAAUAAGUUUAUAUUAAUUAAAUAAAUCAAUUUAAAUAUAACGCUAAUACAUGAGUAAUAAUAAUAUGAACUAAGAAAAAGAAAGAAUUAAAGAGUUAGAAAAAAAGGCUGAUGAGCUGCAGUAGUAGUAGAAAUUAGGAGAUACUCUUAAUGUUUUGGAAGAGGUAUUAAACAUGAAAAGGGAAGUUUACGGAGAAGACAGCGAGUAGUAUUAAAAAACGAGUGAAAAGUUGUGUGAAAUUUGUAAUAUUAUUGCCAUGAUUUGUCUAAAUAAAGAUAAAAACGACUCUUGCUAUGAUUUUUUAAAGAAAGCAGAAAUUUUAUGUCAAGGAUCUGCCCUUUAUAAAGCAAUUACUUAUAAUAAUAUGGCAUAAUACUGUAAAAAAACAAAUAAAAUCAAGGCAGGUAUAAUAUAUUUGCAAAAAGCUCAAGAAAUUUAGUUAAAAUAAGGUAAUCCUGUUCUACUUGCAGAUACACAUUUAAAUCUAUGUGCUCUACUCUCAAAUGUGGAUAGACACAAUGAAGCUCUAGAACACAUUUUAAUUGCAAUUGUGUUACUUUAAGACGAAUAUAAUAGUUACCUGCUUAAAAAAGUAUAAGCAAAUAAUUAAAGUUAAGAAGGUUAAGAAAGCAAAUAAGAAUUAAGCGAUGAUUUAUUUACUAAGUUAUCUAUUGCAUAUCAUAAUAUGGGUGUAGAGUUUGAAUUCUUAAAAAGAUACGAAGAAUCUUUAUAGACUUAUGAAAAAGCAGUCAAUUUUGCUAAGACAAAUUUAGGGCCUGAACAUGAGCUUUGCAAACAAUUUACAUAAGUUUUUUAAUCUGCUUAGCAAUCAAUAGCUGAUAUAAAACAUAAAGAAAUCAAUAGAAAAAAACCAUCCAAUUUGAAGCUAUCCUAAUUAAAUACAGCAUAUAAUACAUCUUAGGAAAACUACUAUCCUACAACAACAACAGCAACAAAAAAAUAAAAUACAUCAAGACAAGGAACAUCAAAUGUAUUUUCAUAAACAUCUAAAGCUGGUUCAUAAACCCACUAUGGUUUUGGGAGUUAGAAUAUGAAAAAUAAAAGAUAAGAUAGUUAAACUGAAUUUUUAAACAAUAAGAUGAAAAAUAAUCAAGCAACAACUUUACCUCAAAUAAACUAACCCAAAUAACCUUAAAAAUAAGAGCACUCUUAACAUGAAAAUAAAUAAGCUUACUCCCAACAUUAAAGCAUGAAUUCAAUAAAGAAUGAAAGCAUAAACCAAAAUCAAAAUAAUUAAGAAAAAAAGGAAGAAGAAAUAAUUAAUACCAAUAGUUAAAAUUAGGAAGUUAAGUGA